AUGGCAGCCAAUAUACCAAAGUACCCACUGGGCUCUCCUCAAGAGCAUAUUAAAAUGUGUCGAUCCCAUGAUUUACCUAUUGAUGUGAUAUGUGAGGACUGUGAUGAAUUCAUUUGUGGUGAGUGUGCCAAAACAGAUCAUAGAAAUCACGACUGGAAAACUAUACCAACGGCAGCCACCCAAAGGAGAAGAGGUCUGCUUAAAUUUCUAACAAAGAUUAAGGAGGAGGAUAUGCCAGGAAUUAAUGAACAAAUAGAGAAGACGUCUAAACAAAUCACAGAAAAUAAAGAAUUGUGUGACUAUGAGAUUAAAAAGCUUCAGGAGCAUUAUGAUGAGAUAAUAUUCAGACUGUCUGAAGUCAGGAAAUAUAAAGAACAAACAUUGACAAACAAUCUAAAGAAAAAAAAUGAAAAGUUGAAUGGUGUGAAAUCUGAGUUAAACAAAAAGAAGGAAAAAAUUGAUGAGACAGUUCAGUUCGUGGAGGAGAACAACAGCACCAUGUCAGAUUACAGCUUGAUUGACAACCACAGAGAACUGAAACAACUACUAUCUGGUCUAGAUGUUGAUAUAGAGAACUGUAAACAUUCAGUAAGAUAUAGUAAAGGUGAAAUCAGAAUAGAUGUACUAGAGAAUAUUUCUGGAAAAACUUUAGAUUUGGAUUAUAUUACUUUGACUGAAACAAACUCCUCUAAAUAUGGAGAUGAACAAAUAGUUUUAUUGAAAGCAUCAUGUGAGGAUCAUUGUUACAUACGACAAUUAAAUUCAGGUAACAUUGAACAAGUAAACAAAGAAGGGGAGAAAAAGCAAAAAUUUAAGAUCAGUCUUCAUGACAUGUGUGUGGCUGAUACUGGCGAUGUUUAUUUUACAGUUAUCAAUUCCAUCAGUUGUCUGUCACCAUCAGGAUCUGUCUCUACAGUCAUCAGUACAGAUCCACUGGUACCAGGAGGAAUUUCUCAGUCUGAAGGCGGUGAAUUUCUUAUCACCUUGAUAGAUAAGGAAUCAGAUCCUUACAAAUUAGAAUCAAACAGCAGACGUCUGGUGAGACACGUCACAGUGACAGGUGACGUCAUCGAUGAGUAUGAGUACAAAGAAGACGGUCAGACCAGACUGUUUACAUUGCCAUUCAGAGUCACACAGAACAGAAACGGUGAUAUCUGUGUAGUAAACCAUACAAGCCUUACAACAGGUAAUUUAGUGGUUAUGUCUCCGUCUGGUCGGAUGAACUAUGUCUACAGUGGAAAGAACCAAAGGAGAAUUUUUUAUCCAAGAGAUGUAAUGUGUGACUCUCUCUGUAACAUCCUUGUUACUGAUUUUAACAACAACCAGAUCCAUCUUCUGAGUCCUGAUGGAAUGUUUUUGAAAUUCUUACUGACAGAGAAUGAAGUGCAUAGUCCAGUUUCUUCAUCAUUGUGCAAUUCUACACUGUGGAUGGGAUAUUCUACAGGACUUGUCAAAGUGUUUCGAUACAGAGUGUUAAAUAUAUGA